GUCAGUUCAAAUCCUCGUCUCGUUCUAGAUAGAAGCUUAGAAGGAUAAAAUGAAUAAGUCGAUAAUAAUUCUUAUCGCUUUGCUAGCAUUAGUAAUUUUCGUUCAAGGAAAGUCUUGUCCUUUAAGGAAAAAUUGCCAUAACUCUGACAAAAGUGAUAGCGACGAGAGCGAUUCUAGAGACACGAAAGAAUGUCAUGAUUCAUCUUCAUCGUCGUCAUCAUCGUCUUCAUCCUCAGAGGAAGACAAUGAUUGUGAUGGAGACCGAAAAAAGAAACAGGACAGUUCAUCUUCCUCAUCGUCAUCAUCAGAAGAAGAUAAAGAAGAAAAAGAAUGUAAUGGUUCAAAAAAAAAAUCUAGUCACCAUAGCAAUUGUAAAGAAAGUAAGAAAUGCAAUGACUCAUCUUCAUCAUCAUCUUCAUCUUCAUCAUCGGAGGAUGAAGACAAUGAUUGUAAUGGAGCUCGAAAAAAGAAACACGACAGUUCAUCUUCUUCCUCGUCAUCAUCAUCAUCUUCAGAUGAAGAUGAAAAAGAUAAAGAACGUAAUGGUUCAAGAAAAAAGUCAAGUCAUCGCCACAAAAAGGCAAACCAUUUAAAGACUAAAAAUUGAAACUGCAAAAUUAGUCUUGAUAAGAAGAUUGAAGAUUUUUUUUAUCAUAUUUAAUAACCACUGAUUAUGUUAUUUCAUUAUAUUUCAAAGAAUAUUGUAGUUUAUAUGUAGCGCGUAAGGACUUUAGCGUUAUAAUAAAUGUCAAAUAAACUUUACAAGACACAUAUCGUAUUUUAUUAUAUAAAGGGUGCAUAAACAUGCAACUAACUUUUAAGCUAAAAUUUAACUAUGAAAUGCUUUGCCUGAGUCCGU